AUGGCGAGCGCAAAAGAGGCAGAGCAAAUUGUGCGGCGCCUGACCGGUAAGUAUGGAUUCCUAAACGGACAGAUGAUGGACGACAUCGAGAAGUUCAAUGCCGAAUAUCGCCGGGACAUUGAUAGAAACUGGGUGGCCAUGGAAACUGCGGUAUCGCAUUCCGUCAAGAUAUUGGCAAAGCAGAUAUAUGGCAGCGGUGCUCGAUUCGUCUUUGAACUUCUUCAAAAUGCCGAGGACAACGUCUUCAAGAAGGCUACCGCAGGCAACGUACUGCCUUUCAUCUCUUUCAAAAUACACCCGAACCGCAUCAUUGUCGAUUGCAACGAAGAUGGCUUCACUGAACCGGACCUAGAAGCCAUUUGCGCUGUUGGGAAAAGCACCAAGUCAGCUUCCCACGGAUACAUUGGUGCAAAAGGUAUUGGUUUCAAGUCUGUAUUCAUCGCUGCCUCUCGAGUUCAUAUCCAGUCCGGAAAUUUCUCGUUCGAAUUCCGGCACAACAAAACGGACCCAGGUAUAGGCAUGAUCAGACCUAUCUGGGUUGAUCCUGUCGAAGCCAUACCCAAUCCUCUGACUCGCAUGACACUGUACCUCCACGACCAAGGAGAUCAAGGCGAAAUUCAACAUCUGAAGAGAAUCAUCUCCAUGCAAUUCGACGAACUCCAGGCAACAUGCUUGCUCUUCCUCCGAAAACUUCAGCAAAUCACCUUGGAAUUCUGCCAUGAAAAUGGCGAGCUCAAGAGAUCAAAAACAUUCCGCAAGCAUGUGAUUGACGAAUACCGGGUGUCUUUGGAGACCACUUCCAAUACUGAUGGAAAGGAAACCACCCAAAGCCAGAUCUACCACAUUACGAAGCAGACGGCGACUGGUUUGGCGCAAAGCGACAAUCGUGAGAUUCCUGAUACCGACAGGGCUCAAGGAACUUCCUCCACAGCCGAAGUUGUUUUGGCUUUUCCUGUCACAAGCAACUUCAAACCUCUUGUGACUCAAACGAACCAAGAUCUUUUUGCAUUUUUACCACUCAGAAAAUCCAAUUACAAGUUUCUCAUUCACUCAGAUUUCGACACAAAUGCCAGCCGACAGGAUAUUGUCACCACUUCGCGGAGAAAUCUCGAUCUUCGUCCUUGGAUUGCAGUUACCUUCUUCAAAGCGGUUUUACAGUUCAGCGAGCAUCCUACCCUCUGCUAUGACUGGCCAGUGUUUCUUCCAUCUCCAGACAACAGUUUUGAUGCAUUUUGGUCUGGUCUGGAUCACGUUAUCCGGGACAUGAUGAAGGAAAGUCAUACCUUGAGGUCGCGUAAUCGAAAGGAUUUACGCCUAAUCAGCGACGUUUUCAUCCUCGCUAGCAAUCAAAUGGACGGGGACGGACGACCUUUUUUUGACGAUCCGGCCGAGGAUUUAUAUCUUUCACCAAACUAUUCUCAAGCGGCGGUGAAGAUUCUCCAAGACUAUGGUCUUCAGCCUGUAUCUGUGGCUACUCUGAUCGAUUUGCUGAAGAAUGAUCUCCGCAGUGCCAACUCAAGAAUGCAUGGAAAACACAUGACUGAUGCGUGGCACUCGGCUGUGGCGCGGAUGCUGUCUCUAUGGUGUAAGAACUCACAGUUGACGAAACAAAUCCUAGAAUGGCUUCCUUUGCUUCCUCUGAGAGAUGGAGAAUGGACAUCAACUAGAUCAGAGCCAGUUUAUUUCUCAAAGACAAGGGACAUCAACAUCCCUGAGUUCUUGGAUCUCAGGAUAAUCAGUCCUUCCGCCUCUGGUAACCCUGAUCGACACACCUUAUUUGAGCACCUGGGAGUCUUGGAGGCUACGAUUGACCAAGUGCGAGCCUCGAUUUUCAGAAUUUUCAGCUCACAUCUCAUGCACCGAUCAGUCGGGAUUUUCAAGACAUAUCUUCGUUUUCUUUACCUGACACAUCAGCCUGACACACAAGCACCACAAGGAUCCGCGAUAUUGGCUCUCACCGAUCGCGUUCGGUACAAAAACCCACGCCAGAUCGACAUUUACCUUCCCGGUACGAAUCGUGCCUGCAGCCCCAUGAGCCUCUUGGCUGCUCAAGGCACUGCCCCAGGCCUGUCUGUGUACUUCUUACAUUCAACCAUCAUGGACUAUGCACCAGCAAGGCCGACUUCAUCUCACCCAAGCUGGGAGAGGUGGCUUUGUGAUUUCGUUGGCAUACGCGAGCGACUAAGGCUUCUGUCGCGCACUGGCGACGAUUUGUCGCAUCCUUUUCUUUACGUCUUGGAGCACCGCCCAGAUAAAUUCUUGGCGUUGUUUGAGCAUCUCUGGCCAUACGAGAAGUCAAGUUUGCUGAGUAGCCGGACUCUUCGGUUCAGGAUCCAGGAUCUUCCCGCCAAGCAGCUUUGCGGAGUGAACUUCUCACUCAAACUGAGAGAAACUUGGCUUCCCUUUCAACACUUGCGAGACUCGGUCGUGCGCUACAUGGAACACCCUGAGCAAUUCCCUUUUCUCAAACUCGGGGAGUCAGACAUGACUCAACGCUUUGGAACCAGGUGGGAUUUCCUGAGCGAGUAUUUCUCGGUCGGGAAAGAUGAUAACGUGGAUUUCUUCCUCGAUAUACUGAGUUGUAUUGAGCGGUCGUGUCCUGAGCCCUCUUCCGUUCGGCAGUCCCAAAUGGUGUUUGACCUGUAUGCCGCCAUCUAUGCCAAACUUGCAGUGGCCUAUGACGAACCGGGAGCGCGACGCAAAAUCAGGGAACAUUUUGACAAAAAAGGCAUCCUUGACCCAGACGAGAAGGCGCCUAUGUGGACGUCAUCAUCUUCUUGUCUAUGGGUCGCACCCCCUGAUAUGAAGACGGCACAUUCUCUCAGAACUCUCUACUCAAGAAGGUUGGGUGACGAGCAGAUGGGAAUCAUGGAGAACCUGUUCCAAAGAACGCUUGGAAUACGAGACGCUUCGUUGAAAGAUCUGGUGACCGAGCUAGAGGCGCUCCGGGAAGAGGGUUGUGAGGACAUCGUCCGCAUGCGGGCGUUAUACAAUUACUUGAACGAGUCUGUAGUGUUCGCAGCUGAUGCGAGAGCUGCAUUUGAGGCAUCUCCUCUCAUAUAUCACGUUACGCGGCACGGCGAGUCAGGUUGGUACAAGACCUCUGAUUGCUUGUGGUCCAGCGAGACAGCAAUUCGCGGCAAAGUCGUCCUGGAUGAGUGCUGGGAGGCUUACAAGAGUUUUUUUGUGAACAAACUAGGGGUGAAAUUGCUCACCCUGCAAAUGGUCUACGAUGAGCUGCGACAAUCGCCUCAGAGUAGCACCGACGAGAUUAAAGUGGCCAUCUUGUCGUUGAACGGCCUCCUCCAAACAGAACGGACGCAUCUGGAUCCAGAACCGAUCAGAAAGGCCAAGAUAUUUCCCGUCAGGUACCCAGACGGGACCGUUGUGUUGAGGUCUGUGGGUGUAGACUUCGCGAUUGGAGACCGGGACAAGUUGAAAGCAAGGUUUCAGGACAAGAUUAGUCUCUUGGACUUUGGCCUGGAGGAUGUUCGUCGUCUCAAGCCACUUUUUGAAUGGGCGAGCCUUCAAGAUCGGUACUUGUCCUACUCGGUCAAAGAACGCACUUCAGUCUCGACAAGUUUGGGGCGUCCGAUUUCAUCACACAAUCGUGAUCUGAAACGCAAAGCUUAUUAUAUUGCCCGAGUCGCAGCUACCUUUCACAGCCCUCGAUUUGAAGACAACCCAGGCCAAGUCUAUGAGCAGCUGCGCACAAUGACAGUCCUGGAGGUUGACGGGAUUUCCUCUGUAUUGGAGAUGUUCCAGAACAAGCAGCUAUUCCGAGUCGAAGUGGCAACUGCCAACGAGCAUAUCGACGAUAAGACCUCAGAGAGACUCAUGAUUUAUGUUCCCAGGGAACGCAGAGCGCAGGAACUCUGCUUUUGCUCAGUUCUGCCCAGAAAAUUUGCCGGAUGGUUAAUGCGACGCUCGACAACUGAUGGCGAAGGACCUGUCGAAGUUGAAGUUGACGCAGUCAACGCUCUCACUUCAAUCUUUGCCUGUGAUCGGUCCGUCCUUGACGACAUUCUCGAUGACCAAGGUAUUAUUCAAGUGUCAUUGGAGAACAAGGAUCAAGGUGACGAUGACGAAGAUGGAGAGCAGGAGGUGGAGGUGGAGGAGGACCAACAGCGGCAAUCCGACAUUCCUUUUGAAACCGACAACGCCUCUUCAGAGCAACAAAUGACUCCCACUCAUUCCUCGGCAAAUAACAGCUCGUCACCAUAUGUCGGGUCAUCUCAUACCGACCCCACAGGAGGCAUCACAGAAACAGUAGUUGAGACCAUUUCUCGGCACAGCCAAAUGUCACAUCAACCUCACCUGGGAGGUGGAGAUGACCCCUCGCGACCGCCUCUGUUCCACCAUUCAUCAAUGUCACUGAAUACCUCGAGCUAUCAGGCUCCUCAAUACCUGCCACCUACACUGGUCACGCAGCCUGGGGGUCGAUCCGAAGACACGCAAUAUCGUGGGAUCCUGGACAGGGUUGUUGAGAAAGCCAGAAGAACAACAUUUGGGGCAAUUAGUAUGACUGGCCUGCGGGAUACUCUGUCCGGCGGUGUGAGACAUGCAGAUGCAUAUGAAAGCUUUGACGGACUGGAUGUCGUAGAGCGUGACAAGAAGAUUGGGGCCGCGGGCGAGUUAUUUGUCUUCGAGCUCCUAUCCAAACUCGAGAUGCCAGGCUGGGAUUGGGGAAACUGGCAAAGUACGAUCAGAACAUACGUAACGAUUCAUCCAGACUACACAACCAUGGGGGCAUGGAACAGAAGAGAGACGGCAGAUUUGGUCUAUGUCGAUAGUGCAGGACACUUCACAGACAUGCUCAUUGGCUGCGGCUAUCUCGAUCAUGAUGACUGGCAUGGGGCGCGACCCAAGUAUUACAUAGAAGUCAAAACCACGACUGGACCGCGUGGUACCCCCUUCUAUAUGAGCGGCAAGCAAUACCGACUGAUGCAACGCAUUCACUCUACCGAAGAUCGUUCAGAAGUUUACAUGAUUUUCCGUGUGUUUUGGCUGAACGACGACGGGAUCGGCCUGAGUGUUUAUUUCGACCCAGAGAAACUGAGGCAAGAAGGGCAGCUUGUGUUUACGGGACAGACGUGGUCUGUUACUCCAGUGGCUGGCACGGAGGUAGAUGGUUAA